UGUAAAUAUGCGCCUCAAGAACUGAACUGUACGAUGAAACCAACCUCGUCAGUCUUCAGCUCCUACAUCCAAGUGUCAAACUCUAAAUGGCAGCCUAUGUGGGUGGUUCAGUUUUAAGAGAUGACAAUACUUAAGGGGCCAACAUAAUCAUGGCUCUUUUUUGUUUACAAGGAUCCCACGUCAAGCCUUGAAGUAUAAUCAAAGAAGAAACAUCACCUACUCUUCAACUAUAUAAAUGCGAUAUCUAAACCUUGUUUUUCACACAAUCGCAUCCAACAUGAAGCUGCUAGAGCUAGCUGCUACUGCAUUCUUUCUCUUCCUGGCAUCGCAUUUGAUGCUGACUGGGAGUGUAGCCGCAUAUCAAGUUACACUUAAUGUGCACAACAAAUGCCUUUUUCCUAUAUGGCCUGCAACAGCACCAAAUACUGGCUAUUCAGUGAUAGCUGAUGGUGGUUUCUAUCUUCCAUCAGGUAAGAUUCAACGUAUUUAUGCUCCAUUGACAUGGAGUGGGCGGAUUUGGGCCCGAACAGGCUGCAAAUUCAAAUCCAAUUGGAAACCCGCCUGUGAAACCGGUGACUGUAAAGGAAGACUAGCAUGCAAUGGACUUAUAGGCAAACCCCCAGUCACGCUAGUGCAAAUUGCACUACAUGGAAAUCAGAGCAAGUCAAGUUUUUAUGAUGUGAGCUUGGUUGAUGGCUACAACAUCCCCGUUUCAGUCACAAUAAGCCAAACACCAGAACAAUGUACCAUUAGAGGGUGCUUGCAAAGUGUGAACGACGUGUGCCCACAAGAGCUUCAGGUGUUAAAUAAAAAGGGGGAAGUGGUGGCCUGCAAAAGUGCUUGCUUGGCAUUUGAUAAAGACAUCUUUUGCUGUAGGAAUGCAUAUGGGACCCCAGAAAAGUGCCAGCCUAGCGUCUACUCAAAAAUCUUUAAGGAUGCUUGUCCUUGUUACUAUAGUUAUGCUUUUGACACACCCCCACCAUUGGUAAACUGUGCCUCGGGAGAGUAUGUGAUAACAUUCUGUCCUUCAGGUUGGGGUGAUGCAUACACAUCCAUAUAGGGUGUGUUAUAUAGCUUAUAUCUCUAUGGGUGUCUACUUUCUGAUUUGAUUAUAGGCUGAUGCUUGUCAUGCAAGUUAAUACAAUAAAUUUGUACUAAGGAUUGACUGCAGAACUUCUUGAUGUAUUAGGAGCU